UUUAUCGUAUAUGCAUCAUGAUUGUUCACCCCCUAUCAUUCAUCGUGACAUAUCAAGCAAAAAUAUUUUGCUUGAUUCUGAGUACGAAGCUUGUGUUUCCGAUUUUGGUACAUCCAAAAUUUUGAAUCCAAAUUCUUCGAAUUGGAGUAGUAUUGCGGGAACAUUUGGAUACCUUGCGCCAGAACUCGCUUACACAAUGAAGGCAACAGAAAAGUGUGAUGUUUAUAGUUUCGGCGUUAUGGUAUUGGAAAUCGUCAAAGGACAGCACCCAGGUGAUAUCAUUACUUCUCUAGCAUCUACAACAACCAAAGAGAUCAAACUCACAGAUUUGGUGGAUCAUCGUCUUCUCGCUCCACUACCGGAAAUCAAAGAAGUUUUAACGUCAUUAUUGAUUCUAGCCACUAAAUGCAUUAAUUCGAACCCUGAAAUAAGACCUACAAUGAAAGAUGUUUCUCAAAAAAUUAUGUGUAUUAUUUGCGACAUGAAUUAAGGCAAUGAUGCUGUGUAGUGUCUGACGGUUUUCAUGGUGGCUUCCGUUUCAGGUUCAUCGGUUUCAGUGCUACGUGAUGAGAUGAUUGUUAAAUAUAAGCAUAUACAUGAAUCAAAUGUAAUAAAGUAUUGUAUUUUCUAAGCGUAAAUGUGUGAUUAAGGAUACCAUAUCUAAUGAUGUAUCAUAUAUCUUUUGAUACAUGUAAC